GUUACUUUCUGUUAGUGUUUGAGCGCUUAGCUGUUCAGCCGUGUUAUAUUUUUGACCUUCACAUCGUAACCCGCCAUGACUACCGCAGCUAGACCGACGUUUGAUCCAGCAAAAGGAAGCGAUAACAAGCGACCUACAUUCCAAUGGGGAUCAAGAGAUUUACCAGCUCAUACCAAACUCAAAUACAGACAACCUGGUCAAGGUACCAGCGAUGAAAUUGCCGAUCGCGAUCUUUUGAAAGAGGAGCUGCGACGAGGUGAACGAGAACACUAUGAAGCACUGGAACGAGAGAAAGGAGGAUUUGUCUCAACACAGCGACGAGUACUACCAUCGGGGGAUGACACAGAUGAUCCAGAAGAAAGGCGACAACGGUUACUUGCGGAAGCAGAAAAAUUAGCAGCGUUGGAUAAAGAUGAUAGCGACGACAGUAAUAGUGACGAUAGUAGUGACGAAGACGACGAUGAUGAUGACGACGACGAUGAUAAUACAGCCGAGCUGCUGGCCGAGUUAGAAAAGAUCAAGAAGGAACGUGCUGAAGAAAAAGAACGACAGGAACGACAGCGACAAGAAGAAGCUGAAGCGGCUAAAGAAGAACAAGCCAUGACGGGUAACCCUUUGCUUGACUUGGCCGAAGAGAAGCGAGACUUCAGCGUUAAACGAAGAUGGGACGACGAUGUUAUCUUUAAAAAUCAAGCCAGAGGAGUGGACGAUAAACCCAAGAAGCGCUUCAUUAAUGACACUCUUCGAUCUGAUUUCCACCGACGAUUCCUUGGAAAGUACAUCCGUUAAACCGUUGUAAUAAAAUCAUGAACAGCCCUUCACGUGAGAAGAACAUAUCCGGGGUAUGUUUUGAGUCACCGAGUGGUUAACCAGUGAGAAUGGCCAGCCAGC